AUGGCGGAUGAAGCCAGGAGCUUGCUCUCGACUGGCGCGUCACAUGCCUACGCCACACCACCCGCCGACUUCAACCAGCUCACCCACCCGUUGGCGACAGGCUUGCCAACGUCCUGCACGCCGACCGACAGCGACAGCGACGUCGAGGCAGCUAUGACCCUCGAGACACCGAUCAAUCCACGUGCUGAGAUUUUCGCUCUCCUCCACUUGGCAGGCCCCAUGUUUGUGACCUUUUUGCUCGAGAUCUUGCCGGGUUUCCUCUCCGUCGUGCUCGUGGGACACAUCAACUCACCGCACACCAAGGAGUUUGUGGACGCAGCCACCAUGUCGACUGUCUUCUUCAACGUCUGCGGCCUCUCGAUCGGCGUCGGUCUCACAACAGCCAUGGACACGCUCUGCUCGCAGUGCGUCGGUGCCGGCAAGGAGCAUCUUCUCGGCAUGUACCUCCAGAGCGGCUUCGUUGUUCUCUCGCUGGCGUAUGUGCCGAUGCUGGUGCUGAAUUGGCACACGACGUACUUUCUCGAAGCCUUGGGGCAAGACCCGAUGGUUGCGACGCUCGCGGGCGACUUUUCCUGCAUCACCAUCUUCUCGCUGCCACUCAUCUUUGUCUACGAGCUUCUCAAGAAGGUGCUUCAGGCUCAGGAAAUCGUGUCGCCCAUGGUUUACAUUGCGGUCCUCAGCAACGCCAUCUUUAUCGCUGUCGGCUAUUACCUUUGCUACGUCACCGACAUUGGAUUCCUCGGCGCCGCUUAUGCUCGCAUUGCGUGCAAUGCUGCAAUGCCGCUCUUCGCACUCCUCUACUUGGCGUGGCACCCCGUGUACAAAUCGUGGUGGCCCACAGACACGUCGGCGGCAAGUCAGUGGCGUGACGCAGUCGCCCACGUUCCCGAAUUCAUUGCACUUGGUGUUCCAGGCAUGCUCAUGAUUCUCAUGGAUUGGUGGGCAUUUGAGAUCCUUGCCUUCAUGGCGGGAUGGCUGCCGUCCCCUGUGCUCUCGCUCAGCGUCCACUCGGUUCUCGUGACGAUUACUGUGCUGGUUUACAGCGUCUACUUUGGCAUCUCGGAGGCGACGACCAUUCGCAUCGGCCUUGCUCUUGGCGCCAACGAGCCCAUGCGUGCGCGCGCCAUUAGCAGUUUGGCCCAACGCAUUGCGUUCGUCGCCGCGAUCUUUGUUGCGGGUUUGUUCGUCCUGACACACAACGUGCUCCCCGCUCUUUUUAUCAAGGACCACGACUCCAUCACAAAGACGCAGCGCGCGUUGUACUUUCUAGCGCUCUUUGAGUUCGUCGACGGCAUGAACUGCGUUGUCCAAGGCAUUCUGCGAGGCAUGGGUCGUCAAUCCAUUGGUGCGUACGUGAACGCGGCUGCGUACUACGGCGUGGGGAUCCCCAUGGCGGCUCUCUUUGGCUUCUACUUCGGGGGCAACGUCUUGGGUCUCUGGGCUGACUGGCGCGUGGUUGCUCGGCGUACAUUUGAUCGCAUGGCUGGCGAGGCAUCCGAGAAGUGA